AUGGCGACCGUGACUGUUCAUGCCCUAGGUGCUGGACACCUUACCAUUCCCGAACGGUUCUUCGUCACUCCGUUUGACCCUGAAGCAAAAACAACAGUACCGUCCUUGUCAUUCCUGAUACAGCACAAGAGUAUUAAUGGCAAGGCUACCCGAAUAGUGUUCGAUCUUGGAAUGCGGCGAGACCUCAAGCUUUAUCCGGAGGUCCUGCAGGGUCACCUCGCAAGUCGAGGGCCAAUCUCUACAGAGCCUGAUGUCGUGGCAUCACUCGCUGAAGGAGGACUCAAGCAGACUGAUAUCGACUAUGUCAUCUUUAGCCAUGUGCACUAUGAUCACGUCGGGUUUCCAAAAGAUUUCACGAGUCCUCAGACAAAGUUUCUCGUCGGCAAUGGUGCCCUCGACCUUCUGAGUGGGAAAACACAGCUCAACCUCGGCAAGCACAUGGUGUUUGAGUCAGAUUUGCUUGAUCCAGAACGGACGGUUGAGCUGCCCCAGCCAGAUGACGCAAGUGAGAAGUCUGAUUAUUCCUGGAAGCCGCUAUCAUUGUUCCCUCACGCCAUCGACUUCUUCAACGACGGCAGCGUCUACAUCAUCAAUGCUCCCGGCCAUUUGCCUGGUCACAUCAACCUGCUCUGUCGGAUCUCCAGCAACCCGACCAAAUUUGUCUGCUUGGCGGGUGAUGCAUGCCACGACAUCCGAUUAUUUCGACGUGAGAAGGACAUUGCAACGUGGACGGAUGACGAGGGUCGCUAUUGCUGCAUACACGUCGAUAUUGCUCAGACCAAGGAGACUCUAUCCCGCUUGUAUGAAGCCUCAACUGAAGGACUCGGAUUGGAAGGCGAGAAGGAUAAAGCACAGGUCGAAGUCAUCUUUGCCCAUGACUUCGCCUGGGAAGAACAGGCGAAAAUGGAUGGCAGAUUCUGGCCUGGGAAGCUUUGA